AUGUUUGGGACAAAGUACGGACGGCGGGCGUCUCCAGCCCCGAGGCCUCAAGGACACCUCGCUGUGACCUCACUGCACCUCACUGUGGUGCGCCGUUCCAGCGUCCUUUUGGGUCUCCCCAUUGGCCACGACCUCCCAGUGGACCCAUCAGGGGUAAGGCUAACUUGGGCUAAGCGAGGCGCUAUCGCUCUAUCCGCCAUCGAUAACAAGGUGACGACUAAGGUCGAGGAGGAUGGGGCAUCAGUAAAAAAAAUCCCAACCAACGUCUGUAAUACCCACACACAAACAAACCUCCCUCGAGAUACCACACCGACGCUACCUUGCCACUCUCUCCAAACGAAAAGAACCUCCCCUACCCCCCCGGUCAACGUCACCCCCGCCGAAGCUCUCGCACGCCGCCAUCUCUCCAUCUCUCCAACGGCCAUCGACUCCUCUCCUCUCUGUGCCUCUCCGUCUCCAAACCCGCCCCUGCAGCAGGCCCUCGUCGACCGCCUCUGCCCGCAACGCCCGCCGCCGCCGCCAUCCCCGACCUCAUCGCAUCCCAACGCCACCUUGCCCUGUCCCAGCCGCCACAACUGCGACCACUCACCACAAACCAAGGUGCCGCCGCCCUUGACGUUUUGA